AUGGGCAGUGAAAUUAAAGUAGUCGGUGAGGCAGACGCUCCAUCCAUUGAGUCUCCCUCAAAGGGCAAGACAGUGACGAAGGAAUACGCCGAUGUGACUCUUCGUCUUAUUGAAGAGCAUGGAGACAGUGUUGAACCUCUAUCUCCCGAAGAAGAAAAAAGAGUCCGAAGAAAGUUGUACUUGCGAUUGGUGGGACUACUCUCAACGAUCAACAUCAUGCUCUUUAUCGAUAAAUCCACCUUGGGCUAUGCAGCAAUUCUCGGACUCUUCGAAGAGACGGGCAUUUCGCAAGCUCAGUACAAUAACUUGAACACGAUGUUCUAUGUUGGAUAUCUCGCAUUCUUGUGGCCAGGCCACUACCUCAUGCAGCGCUUACGCUUCAGCAAAUUCAUUGCCGGCAUCAUCUUCACCUGGUCUGUCGUCAUCUUUCUCCACUGUGUCGCAACUCAGUAUGUAGGACUCAUUGUUUUGCGACUUGCCUUGGGUGCAGCCGAAGGCGUAGUUGUUCCAGCGCUCGAAAUGACCAUUGGCAUGUUCUUCAACCGAGCAGAACAAUCUUUUUUACAGCCGAUCCUUUGGAUUACUUGUCAAGGCGCACCGAUUGUUACCGGUUUUAUCGCAUAUGGCCUCCUUUGGAGUAGCGGACCAGUUCUACCCUGGAAGCUGCUCCAUAUCGUUACCGGCGGUAUAACUUUCAUCCUUUCCAUCUGGGUCUGGUUCGAUUACCCUAGUAACCCUGCUGAAGCUCGGUUCUUGACACUGCAAGAGAAGGUCCAUGUCAUCAAGCGUGUUCAGGAAUCACAGCAGAGCUCGAUUGAGCAAAAGCAUUUCAAACGAUCACAGUUCAUUGAAACACUGAAAGACCCAGUAUCUUGGUUGUUCGCACUACAAGCUUUCACCUUAAUGUACUGCAACAACCUCACCUAUGGUCAAAAGAACCUCCUUGUUACAUCUCUCGGUGUCAGUCCACUUGAAUCUACCCUCGUUGCCGUGGCGGGAGGCGGCUUUGGCAUUAUCAACUGUGUUAUUGCAGCGUUUGCCCUUCGGAAAUACCCCAAGAACUUUGCCUUGCACUGCACCUUUUGGUGCUUGCCUGCUAUUGCCGGUGGUAUAGGAAUGGUGACAGUACCCUGGGACCGAACCAUAGGUCUCCUUGCCUGCAUGUUCUUAGCUGCUCACACUUACGGUGUCGCUUACAUCAUAGCUCUUGGGUGGACAAAUUCUUCAGCUGCCGGCUAUACAAAAAAGCUUACAAGGAAUGUCAUGUUUAUGAUUGGCUAUAGUGCUGGAAACCUGGUGUCACCCCAGAUAUGGGUCGCAUCAGCCAAACCAAGAUUCUACGGAGCCUGGUCCUCGAUGAUUAUAGUCAGUUGGUUUGGAACGCCUGUCAUCUUGUGGGUGAUUCACUUCAUCCUGGCUCGAAGGAACAAGAUCCGAAAGGAAAGGAUCAAUGCCGUUGGCGAAAACGAUCGUUAUCACUACGUCGAACAACUGGACGAGAGCGGUCAAUUGGUGAAAGUCAAGGUUGAAGUUGCCAUGCUAGAUUUAACGGAUUUGGAGAACGAGAGCUUUAUCUAUCCGUUGUAG